AUGUCGAGAAAAUUCCUUUCAAUUGAUGAUGCUGUAGCUUAUAUCAACGAUGAAUUGACGAAAAGAGGGUACUUGUCGGAUGCAAAAUUGAAGUUUGGUACCCCUGCUGAUAAAGCAGAAGGCUCACAGGACCAAGAAGAACAGCUAUCCAGAGAUAAACUUACGAUCAAUGUUAUACACAAGUUGCUACAACGGGUGGAUACUCUGCAAGAGAAACUAAAAGUACAAGAUGAGCAUCUUCGUAAGUCUCAAGAUCAAUUAUUGCAGAGGGUCAAGUUAGCGGAAUCAGAAGUAGCAAAACUAUCGAAUACUCCCGAAAAGCAGCAUCGCGUCACUAAGGUAACCAAAAUCCAGUAUCGUGACAAGGAUACUAAACCGCUUGAAGCGAAAGUACGCAAACUGCAAUUGGAACUAGAGGAACAAUCGCUACAAUUAAGGCAAUACGCAGAUGGCGACAGACCAAAUAUCACAUGGGGAACAUCGCUAGGCCCCUUACUAGAUGCAGAUCAGCUCGUAAACGACAAAAGGCCUAACAUGAGCCCAGCCGACAUGCUAAGUCAUAAAAUGAGUCACGUGAUAGAUACUAACCAACGACUCUCCAAAGAUCUCAAAGCCGCUGUUGGACUGAUAUCUGACAUUAACAAAACCGUAUACACUCGAUUCGUUCUCCAGAUAGACCCCCCAAGCGACGGACAGGCCGAAGAGAAGGCGCAAGACCAAGAUGAUCUAGAUGAUAUUGCAAACCCUACUUUGAAAGACUUAGCACGUGAUUGGAAAGAUAUAAAAUCACAGUUACCCUGA